UCUGUGUUUAAUUACAAAUUACGAUCUCAUUUCAAAUUUCAAAAUCAAAAGUCUCUCUUUUUUCUCUCCCAUUGCAAAGCUCUGAAACUCUGCUCUCCCAAACUCCAUUGUUCUUCCUUCCAUGCUAAACUAUGUCUCUUCUCAGCCGAUUCUUCUACAAGCGUCCCCCUGAUGGCUUACUCGAAUUUGCAGACAGAGUCUAUGUAUUCGAUUCCUGCUUCUCCACCGAAGCCCUCCCAGAGGGAAUGUACCAGCUCUACCUCCGCCAAAUUCUCUCCGACCUCCACGAAGACUUCCCGGAAUCUUCCUUCCUCGCACUCAACUUCCGCGACGGUGACUCACGCAGCCGCUUCUCGCGCCUCCUGUGCGGACUUGACGCCAUCGUCAUCGACUAUCCGAAGCAGUACGAGGGCUGCCCCCUCCUCCCCCUCUCCCUCCUCCACCACUUCCUCCGCCUCUGUGACACCUGCCUCGCCGACCCCGCCGCCGUGAUCUUGUUCCACUGUGAGCGCGGCGGCUGGCCCCUCCUCGCCUUUCUCCUUGCUGCUUUCCUCGUUUUCCGGAAGGCGCAGAGUGGGGAGCGGAAGAUUCUGGAGAUGGUUCACAGGGAGGCGCCGAAGGGGCUGCUGCAGCUGCUGUCGGCGCUCAACCCGAUGCCGUCGCAGCUGCGUUAUGUGCAGUAUGUGGCUCGGAGGAACAUUGGCGCGGAGUGGCCGCCGCCGGAGAGGGCGCUGUCUCUCGACUGUGUAAUACUCAGAGGGGUUCCUGGGUUUGAUGGGGGGAAUGGGUGCAGGCCGUUGUUUAGGAUUUUUGGGAGGAAUUUGCUUAGUAAAGGCGGCCUUUCCACGCGGAUGAUUUAUAAUAUGCAUAAGAAGAAGAAGACUUUGAGGCACUACAGACAGGCAGACUGUGAUGUGAUUAAGAUUGAUAUUCAAUGCUUAGUGCAAGGGGAUGUGGUGUUGGAGUGCGUGCAUUUGGAUUUGGAUCCGGAGAGGGAGGUGAUGAUGUUUCGAGUGAUGUUCAAUACAGCAUUCAUUCGGUCGAACAUUUUGAUGCUGAAUGCUGAGAACUUGGACAUUCUGUGGGAUUCGAAGGAGCGGUAUCCAAAGGGCUUCCGGGCUGAGGUAUUGUUUGGGGAGGUUGAAAACAUAAGUCCUCAAAGGGCUCCCACAAGUAUUUUAGAUGGUGAGGUGAAAGGUGGAUCACCCAUUGAGGCAUUUUCAAGGGUUCAAGAACUUUUCAGUGGUGCAGAAUGGAUUGACAGUGGUGAUUCUGCUGCUGUAUGGCUUCUUAAGCAGCUUACAGUAUUAAACGACGCCAAAGAGUUUUCAAGGUUUCAGGGUAGAGGAAGUUGGUAUUCAUCUCCUGCUGACUCUGAAGAAGAAAAUAAUGAGUCGAGCACUGCUGAUAGUUCAGACGAGGCCUUUGAUGUUAUUCCCAGGUCUUAUGCUGAUCCUUCAAAAUUAUUUACAUCUGACACACCUGAUUUGGUCCAUUUAACUUUUGAAAACAACGGUGGAGAUUAUGUAAAUCUAACUUCAAGAACACCUGAUCAGUCACUAACCGAUGAUGUUUCAUUGCCUCACCAUGCUCUAACAAAGGAAACUUCUCCUUGUUUGUCUCCACCGUCACCUUCACAUUUUCCCGCUAUUCAACCUCUACCGACACUUCCACCUCAAUCAUCAAUACCUAUACAGCCAAGUUUAGCUCCUCCCCAUCCUCCCCCACCUCCGCAUCCAUUAGUUCAGGAUCUGAACAAUGCUUCUACAUUGCCUUCACCUCCUCCUCCACCCCCUCUCCCUCCUAUAGGUGGGGAUGCCAAUAGCACUCCUGGUUUACCUCCAUCUGUACAAACAAGUUCAGCCCCUCCACCACCUCCUCCUCCCCCACUUGCACUUGGACCCGUACAAACAACUUUAGUCCCACCACCUCCUCCUCUUCCACCACCAGGUACUGAGGGAACAAAUUCAGUCCCACCACCUCCGCCUCCAUCUCCACCUUCAGGUCCUUUGCGAACAGAUUUGGCCCCUCCACCUCCACCACCUCCUCCUCCUCCUCCUUUAGGUCCUAUGCAAACAGGUUCAGCCCCACCACCACCACCACCACCUCCACCUCCUCUAGGUCCUGCACAAACAAGUUCAGUUCCACCUCCACCUCCUUCAGGUCCUACACAAUUAGGUUCUUUACCCCCACCACCUCCAGGUCUUGUACAAACAGGUUCUGCUCCACCUCCACCUCCACCUCCUCCUCCUCCAGGUCAUGUGCAAACAGGUUUAGCUCCACCUCCACCUCCACCUCCUCCAGGUCCUGUACGAACAGCUCCACCACCAGCUCCACCUCCACCAGGUGCUGUACAAACAGGUUCAGCCCCACCACCACCACCUCCUCCUCCAGGUCCUGUACGAGCAGGUGCAGGUCCACCACCACCUCCACCUCCUCCAGGUCCUGUACGAACAGGUUCAGCUCCUCCACCACCUCCUCCUCCAGGUCCUAUACGAGCAGGUUCAGCUCCCUCACCACCACCUCCGCCAAGUGUACAAACAGGUUCAGCUCCACCACCACCACCACCACCAUUGGCACCAAGGCCCCCAGGUGCUCCUCCUCCUCCUCCACCUGGUCGUGGUGCAUCUCCAAUGCCACCUGCACUUACAGCCACUAGUGUGGCACCACCUCCUGGCAAAGCUUCAACAACAAAUGUUGGUAGAGGUCGUGGUACUGGUGUUACUGCUAAUGCUCCAAAGAAAACUUUGCUAAAACCCCUACACUGGGUGAAAGUUGCUCGAGCAGCCAAGGGAAGUCUAUGGGCUGAUUCAUAGAAACAGGACAGUGGAACAAGGGCCCCUGAGAUAGAUAUAUCAGAACUUGAGACCCUGUUUUCAGCAGCAUCUACUUGUGAUGGGAGUAGUACUAGAGGAGGAGUUCGGCGUGGUCCUAAUAUUAACAAGCCGGAGAAAGUACAACUGGUUGACUUGCGUAGAGCAUAUAAUUGUGAAAUAAUGCUCUCUAAAAUCAAAAUUCCUUUGCCAGAUAUGCUUAAAGCUGUACUUGCAUUGGAUUCUUUGGUUCUUGAUAUUGAUCAGGUUGAGAAUCUCAUCAAGUUCUGUCCAACAAAGGAAGAGAUGGAAAUGUUAAAGAAUUAUGCAGGAAACAAGGAAAUGCUUGGAAAGUGUGAACAGUUUUUUAUGGAGUUGAUGAAGGUUCCGCGUGUGGAAUCCAAAUUAAGGGUUUUUGCUUUUAAAAUCACCUUUUCUUCUCAGGUGAACGAUUUGAAGGUAAAUUUGAACACAAUCAACAAUGCAGCCAGAGAGGUGAAAGAAUCUGGGAAAUUGCGUCAAAUAAUGCAGACUAUUCUUACUCUGGGAAAUGCCUUGAAUCAAGGAACAGCACGGGGAUCAGCUGUUGGAUUCAAAUUGGAUAGCCUUCUUAAAUUAUCUGACACUCGUGCAAGAAAUAAUAAAAUGACUUUAAUGCAUUAUUUGUGUAAGCUUCUUGCUGAGAAAAUGCCAGAACUGCUAGAUUUUGAUAAGGAUCUUGUCCAUUUGGAAGCAGCUUCUAAGAUUCAACUAAAAGCAUUGGCCGAGGAAAUGCAAGCUGUGAGUAAAGGUUUAGAGAAAGUUGAGCAAGAACUCGCUGCUUCUGAAAAUGAUGGUGCCAUAUCAACAGGAUUUCGUAAGGUGUUGAAGAAUUUUCUUGAUAUUGCUGAAGCUGAUGUGAGGUCCCUUAUAUCGUUGUAUUCUGAAGUGGGAAGAAGUGCAGACUCUUUGUCCCAAUACUUUGGAGAGGAUCCAGCUAGAUGCCCCUUUGAACAAGUAUUUCUAUGGUUGAAGGCUCCCGUGGAAGGUUCGCAGGCUCGUCGCCGUUGAAGGCCCGUCGCCGUUGAAGGCCCGUCGCCGUUGAAGGCCCGUCGCCGUUGAAGGCUCGUCGCAAAUCCUACCGUGACCCAAUCGCUGCCCACCGUUGCCGUCGAAAGAGAGCUUCAACGAAAACCCACGGUGACUCUGCCCUAGCCCUACCGUGACGCGCGACCGCUGCCACCGUGACUCUGUCGACAAAGGAGAGUUCCAACGGUGACCCUGCUCUGACCCUUGUCGUUGUUGCUGUAUCGACUGUCGAGGGGCCUGUCUUGUUCACUGCCAUACCGACUGUCGAGGAGGAGAUUUUUGGACCAGUUCUUUUUCUUAUGGAGGUGCAUUUAUUUGCUGAUAAUUAGCAUCCUAUAAUUUGGUAUUAUUUUCUGUCAUUAUGUGGUCUUGUGGAAGGCUCGUCUGCCUUGGAUUUUUCGUUUUGGCUCAAUAUAAUAUAGUUUUUCAUUUUCUUAACUUUAGAGACCAACAGAGGCCAUAGACAUUACCAAUGAUAACAGGUACUUGUUAAUAACUACCCCCAUUUCAUUUUGCAUUUAA